UUUUCCUCUACCCUUCCCUUCCAAAGGGCUAAUAUUUUAGAAGGGAAGGGGGCGGCCACAUUUCCGUUAACUCGCCGUCAAGUUUCACGUGCGUCGGCCAUCUCUGACGUCCAGCAUGGCAAGCGCCGUCAGCACGGCCGUCGCCCAAAGCCGCGAGGAGAGCGGCGGCGGAGGCAGCGCCGCCCGGUCGCACCGCCUGCCCCGGUGGACGCGGCACGAGAUCCUGGUGCUGAUACAGGGGAAGCGGGUGGUGGAGGGGAGGGGCCGGCGCCGCGCCCAGGGGGCAGCGAUGGUGGUGGAGCCGAAGUGGGCGGCGGUGGCGUCGUACUGCCGGCGUCAUGGGAUGGAUCGCGGGGCGUUGCAGUGCCGGAAGCGGUGGAGCAACCUGGCGUGCGACUUCAGGAAGAUACGGGCAUGGGAGAAGGGGCCGGGGGCGGCGGAGGGGGAGUCCUUCUGGGCGAUGAGGAAUGACCGCCGGCGGGAGCGGGGGCUGCCGGGGUUCUUCGACCGGGCGGUGUACGAGAUCCUCGACGGGGCGGUGGAGGUGGAGGUGGAGGCGGAAGGAGAGGAGGGGGCGGCGGCAGUGGAGGAGGAUGAGGGGAAGAAGGCAUCGGCGUUGGCGGAGGAGGAGAACGGGGAGGAGGAGGAGGAGGCCAUCUUCGACAGUGGCCGGACGGCAGCAGAUGAUGGACUGUUCUCCGAUUUCGAGCAGGAGGAGGCGGAGGAGGAUGAGAGACCACAGGCGAUGGUGGUGGUGCCAAUAUCAGAGAGGAUGUAUGAACCAUUUUCUCAGGAGUCUUCCGAUCCAGAAAUGGUGAAUGAUAAGCAGCCAAAUGAUGGCAAAGAGAUGGGUUCAUCACCAAGAGGACAGAAACGGAAGCGGACAUCAAAGGAAGGAGCAGGAGACACCAAUAAACUGAUUGAAGUGUUGGAGAGAAACAGCAAGAUACUGACAGCCCAACUCGAAGCUCAAAACAUCAACUGUCAAUUGGAUAGAGACCAAAGGAAGGAUCAAGCCAAUAGUCUGCUUGGUGUUCUUAACAAACUUGCUGAUGCUCUUGGAAGAAUUGCAGAUAAACUAUAGACAGACCCAAGAAUGAGGAUGCAAGCAGGUGACUAGAAGAUAAUGCAUGGAUAGAUGAAGCCAUAACUUUUAUAAAUUUUUGAAGGGUUUGAUAGCAAUGAUUUUUUCAAUCUUAUAAUCACAAAGUAACUAAGCAGAUAGCAGUUUAUAGCAAGAAAAUAGAGUUGGACAGCAACACCCAUUUUUCUCAAUUGAUUUUAGAUUGCAUAGUCUCGGUAGUGCUAGGGAUUGGUGGUGAAUAAGUUUAGCUUACAUUGGAUAAUAUGUAAGCUGGGAUUUGUAGAGAGAUUGGAAACAGUUUUCAUUUGUUAAUAAAGGAUUUUUUUGUUUUAA